AUGGCAGACUUGACAUGCACACUUGCUGGAAGCACAGGCUUGGUUCUGCUAAACUGUCAUCCAAGNGGCGGCAACAUCUACUCGGUCCUAUCGUCGCAUCUCUCAGUCUCGAGCCUCUAUGCAUACGCCCGCAAAGACCUUCCCACCACCUCUCCCAAAGUCCAUCCACUCGUCUCCUCUGAUUCGUCCAAAUGGGCUUCGCUCUAUCCCCAGGCUUCAUCCAUCUUCUUCUCCGCUCUGGGAACAACUCGUGGUGCAGCCGGAAGUGUGGCAAAUCAACGCAAGAUUGACUAUGACCUAAAUCUCGAGCUCGCACGGGAAGCAAAGGCCAAGGGCGCAACAACCUACGUUUUGAUCUCGUCGCAAGGCGCCAAUGCGACAAGCUUUCUCGCAUAUCCAAAGAUGAAGGGCGAAUUGGAAGAGGCCGUCCAGCAGCUUGGUUUUGAGCACACUAUCAUCCUACGUCCCGGCUUGAUCGUCGGCCAGAGAGAAGACUCGAGACCUCCCGAAUUCGCUAUACGCAAGAUCGCUGGCUUGGCUGGCAAGAUCAGCGAACCCUGGCUCAAGGACUUCUGGGCUCAGGACGCCGACGUGAUUGCAAAGGCUGCUGUAUCCGCUGGUCUGCAAUGUCACGAGGGCAAAGUCCAGCAGAAAGUCUGGAUAGUCGGUCAGAGCGACAUCAUACGCCUGGGCAAAACAGAGUGGAACCGCACCUGA